CGUUUACCUGUCACCUUUUUAUUAAGUUACUUAUUUUAUGCAUGAAUAGAAAUAUAUAUAUAGCGCAACGCUCACUGUUAGUUUGGGGCGGGACUUCUUUUGUUUUGUGCUUUGUUGUCUGAAUUUUUCUAGUUUUUUCUAACGUUUGUGCUUAUAAAAAUGAAAAAAACAAACAAACAAUAAAAAGACUAUUAAAAAAAGCACAAGUCUAAAUAUAAAAAGGAUUUUAAAGAAAUAAAUAUUGUAAUGUUAGCCCAUUUGAACACCUAUGGGAGAUUUUGGAAUAAAUCGCAAAUAGAUAAAUUCAAAGCAUCUCUAAAAGCACAAAGUUUUACAGACUUGUAGAGUUCUUCUGUCCGUCUGCAGUGUUUUUUCUGAUCCAUGUGUAUGUGAGAGGCCUGAUUCAGGCCCAGCUGUCUGAUAACAGCUGCAUGAUAACUUACAGCAUGUUUCAUCAGAUGAAGUUACAUCAUGAUGUUACAUGAAUAAACUCAUUCAGCCUACACUGGUUCUCUUUGCAGGCAUUAUAGAAACCUUUGUUGGACGGUUUGAUGGAGAGCUGGUCGAAUGUCAGCGGGAACUAUCGUUAUAUCCGGAGGAAUUCUCGCCGGAGUGAUCCUGCUGUGCAUCGUAGCAGUGCUCUGUUACUGUAGACUCCAGUAUUACUGCUGUAAGAAGAAUGAUUCUGAGGUGGACCUGGGCUCCGUGGUGGCAGCGGCGGACCCUCUCUCUCACUUCCCCUGCAACGCCUGCAACGCCCUCGCCAUGGACGGCACCGCCAUCACGCCCGUCUCCCUGGACCAGCUGGACACGGGUUCCCUCCACAACCACUGCCCCACCUGCUCGCCGUACCUCCGCCGCGCCGGCCCGGCGGACGACAUGCGUAACGGCGGGGAGCGGCUGGGCUUCCACACCUACUACGAGAACCCGUCUGUGGCGCUGCCGCUGGCCGCCAACCCGCCAGGCUCCGCCCCUUUGAUUUACUACGGCCCCACGGACGUGUUUCCCCCCCCGCCACGCCCCUACAGCACCCAGGUCUGACCUCUGACCCCUGCUGCACCAGGAAGACACACACACACACACAUAGAAAACCUCUCUGGCACACUGGUAGGGCUGCACGAUUAUGGCCAAAAUGAUUAUUUCUAUCAAUAUUUUAAUCACGAUUAUUAGUCACAACCACUCAUUAUGUUAGGGAAAACAUCUGUAUUUUUAUUGCACUACUUUUAAACAAACAACAGGAACAGUUUUUAGUGUCUGGUGCUUGUUGUAAACAAACAGAGAUCACUAAGUGAACACCUCCUGCAGCAGCAGCACAUACACACUGUACUGCUACAGA